AUGUCGAAUCUAAGCGAUGCCGAUCUCAUACGUAAUGCCAACAUUCGUCUAUGCGCUCUACGUGUGUGGCCAAAUUUUAAUGGACUUGGUUUUAAUCUUGAAGCAUCUCCUCGACCGCCACAUGUGAUUCGUCUUGUGGAAUCGAAUAGUCCGGCCGCUGCUAGUGGUUUGAAAAUUCUCGAUGUUAUUCUAGCUGUUAAUCAAGAAGAUGUAGCGGAUGCUGAUUAUAGUCGAGUUCGAAAUGCCAUUGCCGCAGCACGUGAUGCCAAUGCACCGAUUGAAUUACUUGUUGUUGAACAGCGAUUUUAUCAGGAGAUUAAAAAACGCAAUCUCGAUAUUGAUCCGAACAACGCGACCCGUAUAAAUACGCCGUCAACGAUGCCUUUCGAAUACGCCAAUUUUCCUCCCCAUCAACCGCGCACAUGUAAUAUUCGUCUAUCGAAAGCUGAAACAACAUUUGGUUUCGAAGUUGUUAAUGGUGAAAAUGACGUUGGUGCUUACAUUCAAGAAGUAUUUCCGAACACUCCGGCUAGUAGGACGUCUCUACGUAAAAGUGAUCGAAUUAUCGAAAUCGAUGAUAAAUUCGUUGAUAAAGAUGUCAGUAAAUCUAUCUUAGAAAAGCUAGGCAAAGCGAGAAAUAAAGGUGCUGUCAAGUUGUACGUUAUGGACACGAAUACAUAUAAACAUUAUGUACAAAACAAGAUGACUUUAUCAUCCAAGGGAAAACGAAAAAGUCAAUCGGCCGAAAGAGCUACUGACAAUCAGUAUUAUUCCCGAGAUCAAGAUUCUCCGAGUAUCAAUAGCGGUGUUAGUCAACCGGCAGCGUCGAAUGCAUCAACUCUACGUGAGGGUUCACGCGCUAAAACACCAAGUGUACCCGAUCUAUCUCGACCGAAUCGAACACAAGCACCUUCAACAAUUCUUCCCAUGCCAGCAACACCAUUAGCUCGAGAAGAUAUUCGUCUUUGUACAAUCAAUCGAGCUGAUGCUACUGACACAUUCGGCAUUGAACUGAAUUAUCAUCGUCGCGAGCAAUUUCAUUCGUUGAAUUUAAUAUCUGGACGAGAUAGUGGACCGUCAAAUGCGGAAUUAGCUGGUAUCAAAACAGAUGAUCGUCUAAUUGAAAUCAACGGUCUCAAUAUACAAAAUUUCGAUCACGAACAAGUAACUCAACGCAUACGAGGAGUUCGAUAUCCUGAGCCAUUAGAAGUCCUUGUUGCCGAUGUUCCUACAUAUGAUUACUAUAAACAACAACAAAAACUCAUUCAUCGUAGUUUACCGAACGUUAAAAUUAUGCCACCAAAUCGUCCUGCUCGUUCUAUAUCGCCGUCGUUAUCUCGUCAUUCAAUCGAUACUCGACCGUCAACAACAAUUAUUCGCGAACAACUAACGACUCAACCCACACCUCCUGUUUUGAACACAUUUGGCCAACGACCUCCUCCAUCUGUUCUGGGAGAUUUAACAAACAGCACUCCUAUUGCACCUCCCAUUGCGCAACCAUCAACAUCGAUGCAGCCACGUCAUGUUCCAAUACGCAAAGAUUCUCAUUCAGCGAAUGGUGUUGGUUUUAAUUUUCGUACAGUCGAGCACGAUCCACCGACCGGUACACCAUUCAGUCAUAUUGUCACAUCCGUCGAUAGUUCAAAUUCGAUUGGUUCACAAGGACUUCGUGUUAAUGACUAUAUUCUGUCAAUUAACGAUGAAAAUGUCGAGUAUUUAGAUCAUCAUCAACUCGAAGAUAAACUACGACGGAUAAAUAAUAGUGAAACUAUUCGUUUAUUAGUAACAGAUGGAAAUGUUUAUCGUGCAUACAAAGAAAGUGCGAAGAAUACAAGAACAAAGCCUGACUUUGUCGAGCAAACCAAACCACCGUCGACAAGCACAAGUUCACCACAAAAGCCAAGACAAUGCUAUCUUCAACGUGAUCCAAGUUUCGAAGGUUAUGGCUUUCGUGUUCGAUCCAAUCAGCAAGGUGAUACCACACCACAUCAAAUCGUUUCUGUUGAGCAAUAUUCGCCCGCUGAUACUCAAGGUCUACGCGUUGGAGAUUACAUUCUACGUGUAAACAAUCAAAAUGUCGAGCACAUGAAUGCACAAGAAUUUAAUCAAUUGAUGCAAAAUUUAGUACGUUCUGAUGCUGGACGUGAUGGUACCCUAUUAUUAGAAGUAAUGGAUACUGCUACAUAUCGAUCACUGAAUCCAUUACCGCCAGCCGAUCCAUACUUAAGUGAUCGUCGAACACCGAGUCGUCCUACUUUUGAUUCAUAUCCACCACCAACGAUUACUGACGAACCAUAUCCGCCAAUGCGACAAUGUUUCGUUCGACCCUGGCCAAACUAUCGUCAUCUUGGAUUUAACAUUGUUCCUACUCCCAAUGGAACCGGUGGUGGAUACCAAGUUCAACAACUUCGAUUGGAUUCACCAGCUGCCCAUACUAAAAUACGCAAUGGUGAUCAUCUGAUUCAAGUCAACAACAUCAACGUUGAAACAACAGAUUAUCAACAUGUUCGUCAACUGGUCGAGGAAUCCUAUCUUCGAGAUGGUGAAGUUUGCCUACUUGUUAUCGAUGAUCCUGGUUAUCAAUGGUAUAAACGUAAUCAUUAUCGAAUUGAUCCAUUAUCCCAACGUGCUAACGUGUCACGUCAUGUAACUCCCGAACAUCAAGCUGUAUACACAUCGACAGAUUCAAGUGUCGUGUCACCACCGACACGUUUCACGCCGGAGCCCAUGUCGGAUCAAAAAGAAAUUCUUUUCCCACCGACACCAUACCAACCGCCAACGACAACAAGUCGACCACCAUCAACUGGACCUGCUGCAAUUCGUCCGUCCCCUUAUACAAAUGGGUACGUAUCACCAGUACGCGAUCCAUACCAUCGAUCAACAGUUGCGCCAAGUGUUACUUCAUCGUUGAAUCGUCCACGUAUACCUUUAUCACGAGCAGCUGUUGACGUUGUUGAUGGCAAAUCAAUGUUACGUUUCUGUCGUUUAAAUACCGAACCCGGUCAAACGUUUGGUUUUGAAUUAGCACAAGAAGAUAACAAACACAUCAUCCGCAAUAUUAAGCCAGAAUCACCAGCAGCUCGAGCUGGCCUGCACAAUGAAGAUCGUUUGAUUGAAGUGAACGAUGAGAACGUCACCCAUAGAGCACAUCGAGAAGUUACCGCUUUAAUAAAAAAUGCUAGUAAUAAUGGUCUUGUACGUUUGCUGAUAUCACCAAGUAAUAUCAAACCAUUGAAUAAACCAUCGUCGCGUGCAUCUGCCAAAACGAAAUCAUUGCCAUCAUUGAAUGACGAGCGCAUGUACUACGAUGGAAAUAAUGCUGAUCAAUACACAUCAUCGUGGUCACCGUAUGAUGGCUCGUUUGCUACGCAACCACAACAACCAGCAAUGGUUAAAUAUAUGUCCACGCCGCGUCUUGAUAAUGUUGGUCUAACAUCACCAGGCUAUCCAGAUCGACCGUACAGUGCACAUGGUUUUGAUACAUAUCAACGGCAACAAAAUCGACCCGCGCUCAUUACUAGUCAACCAUAUUUACCAACAGAUCCAUGGCCUCGCAAAUGUGUUCUUGUUCGUGAUCCAAGUUUCCAUGGAUGUGGUUUUCGAAUGAUUGAGAAAGAUAAUUACGAUACACCAAUUGUCGUUGAAGUCCGUCAGAAUAGUCCAGCUAAACGAAGUGGUUUAACUGAAGGUGAUCAAAUCAUUUAUAUUGAAACUCGUAAUGUUCAAGCCAUUCGAUCGUUCGAUGAAAUGACACUUCUAAUUCAACGAACAUUCGAAGAAACAGGACAAGUUACACUUGUCACACUAACAGGUCCAGGAUAUCAAGUUCUCAAACGUAAAGGUGGUUACCUACAACCGGAUCCAUUCGAUUAUCAAUUGCCAUUUGUACGAGAAUUAGCGCCGCGUUUAUGUCGAAUUGUUCUGUACAAUCAUGAACAAGAUUUUGGCUUUACACUACAACGCGGAAAUCCUAUACAUAUCAAAGACGUUCAUCCGGGUUCACCAGCAUAUGAGUUCGGUCUACGAGCCAAUGAUAAAAUUCUUGAGAUCAAUAGUCGUGAUACUACAUAUUUAUCAUCCGAUCAAAUUAUCGAAAUGAUUGAAGCAAGUAAACGACGUCGCCAAUUGGAAAUCUUAGUUAUUGACCCGGCUGGUUACGAAUUUUCAUUGAAACAUGCCAUACCAUUGAAUUCGUUAUUGCCAUUUGUUCAAUCAGGACAAAGACGAGCACAGUCUGUAUUAAUUUUCUCCGCAAGCAGUCGACGUGGUCAACAAGAAGCUGUUUAUUUAUAG